AUGUCUCAAUCCCAGCACUUAGUGCGAAGACAGACUCGUCCCCCACAACAACGAGACAUCGCUGCCGAGGCAUACACCGAUGCGAUUCAGUAUCUUCAAAAUGAUUGUCAAGGAAACACUCUAUUCAUGGCUUGGCUGAGGACUGCGACACAGACAUCGCUGGAAGACUUGCUGAACAUGGUGUGUGAGACCGAGAAGAAAUACCAGCAAGAGUCAAAGAGCACGAAAAGUCGCAUGCGGUGGUUGAACGGGCUGUCCAUCAGAAUCAUGUACUAUGGUCAGGUUCUCGACACACUUUCACAGCAUCACCCUGAAUAUGUAGGCUUGGUUUGGGGUGCGAUCAAGUUCGUUUUAAUGGGCAUCAUCAAUCACGGCAAUCUCGUCACCCAGUUUUCCCAAGCGUUGUCGAUCAUAUCACAUGUUUUGCCCAUCACAAAAGUCACGGCUGAACUUUAUCAGACGGAAGAGGUCAAAAACGCCGUUGCAAAUCUGUAUGCUCACAUACUACUUUUUCUACAACAAGCCAUCAAAUGGUACAACUUGGGACCAGCUGGAAGGUUUUUCAAGGCAAUAUGGAAGCCUUACGAACUUGGCUACAAGGAGACAAUGGAGCAAAUCAAGCUUUGCGCCCAAAUUAUCGACGACAUUGCCAACAUUGCGCUCAAGUCUGAAGUUCGAGAGUUGAGCGUUUUGCUACAGGAUGAAAGUCUUAAGCUAGAAGACAGGGAGAGGCGUCUUGUCGCCAUGCAAACCGGCUUCAAUCAAUCUCAGGCAGAAUUGACGCGAAAGGUAGAGUGGAUCGUGAAGGCGGUAGCCCGAGAUUGUGUCAAGAUUGAUGAGAUUCAUCUCAGUGUCAACGAUAUGGCACCUCGAGUGCUUGACAUGCACUUCAACCAAGCUCUAGCGAUUUUAAAGCCUCGAAAGACACCGGAAGAAUCCCUUUCGAAACAUAAGUCCUUGAUUCGUAGAGCACCGGCGUGGAGAAGCCAGAUCCAAAACGGAAGUCACGUCCUUCAAAGCAUCGGGACCUGGGUUUCGGAUCCACACGCGUCUCUCCUCGUCCUAGAAACUCGUCCUCGAGCGCAGUUGAGAGUAAAGGAAAUUGCGACUGAGCUCAUCAGCCUACUUCAACCGCAAACCAAGUGCAUCAUGUGGUACUUAUCAAUGACCAGUUUGCAAGACAACGAAGCCAUCUCAACUAUCGAAGUCUUUCGAUCUCUAGUUUUUCAAUGCGUUAGGCUUGCUCCGGGGAUUAUGGAGUCAGACGCUAAAAACUUCACUGCGGCUAAGCUGCAGUCCUCUCAUUCCGAAGAAGAGUGCAACAGAUCGCAGUUUCCGUUUGCAGCUAUCGUGUUUCCCAACAUCGACGUGCCUGGCGCUUUCAUGGCGGACGACACCAAUGCCGAUAUUGAGGGAGAGCAUCUCCGCCAUACUAAGCGCGGAAGGGGGCAGACCACUCCUGGAGACGCAGCAGACAAUGAUUCAGGUCGAAAUUGGAAGCCGUUCAGAGACGUAGGUCACAUGGACGUACCUCCUGACAUGGACGACAGUAGCGACAUGGUUGCAGAGAGUCCAGUUCACGGCUCAACAUUGAUAGUUCACAUUGUAGAAUGUGAUGGCAGGAUGAAAGGCCAUGAAAAGCAUGGAAGUAAAAUGUACUUUGACCUUCCCCGACUAUGGGCGGGUGAUUGUGGCGUCAGCGCACUCCGGGGACUGGAAGGCCUGGAAAGCCUAGAGCGCUAUGAGAUCACACACACGAACCUCACAAUGGUUGUCAAAAGAAGCUACAACUGCACGAAGUUCCACGAUGCCUGUUCGAAGCUGUUCAAGCAGGCGACGCCUCCUUUCCGAGAUCCCAAGAUGCCCCGGUUCAUGGAGCCAUAUUUCAACAUUCUGCAGCACAACACCGAGCCAGCACCAUCCUUAGCCGAGAUCAUCGAGCUUUCCCAGGGCCUGAAAGUCGCGAUGAACAAGGUCGCUGAAAUGGAGCCUAGGGUUUUCCUGGGCUGGGAGGGGACAUUUGCCCGGCCCUAUCUUCAGAUCUACCACGCUCGAGCGAGCAUCGAAUUACUUGCGUCCGAAAGCACAACCUCUUCAACGCUCGAAGGAUCGUAUCUGGAACAACUUCUUGAUUACGUCGACAACGAUUCUGGUUCCGACUUCCAAGAAGCGGAUGAGCUCUUCUCUCGAGGACUUGUGACUGCUAACCAUGUGGUUAAGCUAUUUAGGCCAGAUACCGUAGUGGUGAGCUUUGAGCAAGAUGAGCCCGUGGGAUACAUUGUCCGGAACUGCCCGACUCUGCUCACCCCGCCCUUCGAAGUUGAAUGUUUCACAUGGGAGUUCGACGGCAAAUUUCAGAAAGUUGAAAAGGUUCUCACUGUUGAGUGGCCAACAAAGGGUGAUGACCUGGUAAACAUCACUUCUCUGAAUGCUUAUCCUCUCCGAUACAACACCCCUCUCGAGAGCAUGGUACGCGGCCGCGGAGAAGUAUUCUGGGCCUGUAGAAAGAAGAGCGUUGUGUCUUACAGCGCACCAUCACCAAUGUUUGAGAUGCAAGUGACAAAUCCACGGUACAUGAUCGACAUGGAAACUUACAAUUUGCUUCAUCCCAAGGACGAUUCUGAUCAGCAUCAUCUUCAAUUGACCGAAGAAGAGCAGCUUGUGAAUCAGGGGAAUCAUGCAGAUGAGCGAUUCCUUCUGCUUCUGCCAUCAAAGAUCCUCGGAUUCAAUCUACACGACAAAAAAUGGCGUCAAUCACACCUCCUGAACUUUGUCGACUCAAUCACUGACUAA